AUGAAUAAUCUUCGUCUGGAGUUGGGAAUGUUGAACUGUGAAGCAGUAUUCUCAGCCGGGCAGUUUGGUGGACUGGCUAUAUUCUGGGUGGAUGGAUUGGACGUGAGGUUCCGAUCGAAAUCGAGGCACCACAUUGAUCUGGAGAUAACGGAGACUGAUGGGUCCGGUUUACGUUGGAGACUGACGUGUUUUUAUGGUCACCCUAUGACUGCUCAACGCCAUUGUACAUGGUCAUUACUGCGUGAUCUGAGUGAGGAAUCUCAGCUGCCUUGGGUGGUCGUUGGGGAUUUCAACGAGCUUUUACACGCUCAGGAGAAGGAGGGUGGUGAUGUGAGGCGUGAAGGACAGAUGCAGCUCUUCAGGGAUGCACUUACCCACUCGGAAUUGGUCGACUUGGGUUUCUUUGGAGCACCAUUUACCUGGAAAGUUCCGGGGAUGCGUUGCCCAUUAGAUAGAGGUGUGGCGAUGACAUCAUGGUUGGACAUCUUUCCGGCAGCCAGGGUUGAUCACUUGUCUCCUAUACAUGGAGAUCACAUACCAAUUCUGCUUGGGGUUUGGCAGCGUCCAAUGCAAGCAGUUGCUAGGCGCAGAAGACUAUUUCGUUUUGAGAGUCACUGGACUCAAAAUGAAGGCAGCAUGGGGGCAGUAAGGGCUGGAUGGGAGUGCAGGUCUGAGGGCUUCCCAAUGUUCCAAGCUGUGCAGAAAAUUAGAAAUACAAGAUAUUCUCUCAAUGAUUGGCAGCGUGCAAACUAUGGUAAUAGGGGAAGGGAGAUUGAGGCUUUGCGUGGGAGAUUACAGACAUUACUCACGCUCCCUUUAACAGAGGGUAAUCAAAGAGAGAGUAUGGAGUUGUCUUUCAAGUUGGAUGGUCUACUGAAUGAUGAACAUGCUUACUGGAAGCAGAGGGCCAAGGUUACUUGGCUUAAGGAUGGAGACCGUAACUCUAAAUAUUUUCAUCGCAAGGCUUCUAAUCGGAGGGCUACUGAGGUGGACCAUGUUCACAUGAGGUCUGUGGUCAACCUAAUUGAACCAAGGGUCACAGCUAGGAUGAAUGAUGAUUUGUGUGCGGAGUAUUCUGCCAUGGAAAUCAGAGAAGCACUAUUUCAAAUGUACCCUACUAAAUCCCCAGGGCCGGAUGUGCACAACCCUGUCCAGGUGUCUGACUUGAGACCAAUUGCGCUAUGCAAUGUUCUUUAUAAGAUUUGUUCUAAAGUGGUGGCGAAUAGGUUGAAGAAGAUUCUUUCUCAUCUGAUUUCUCCUUUUCAAAGUGCAUUUAUUCCUGGGAGAUUAAUCACUGAUAAUACUUUGAUAGCUAAUAAAGUUUCACAUUAUAUUCAUACUUGUAUGUCGUCUGAGGGGGUUAUGUCACUGAAGUUAGACAUGAGCAAAGCUUACGACAGAAUGGAGUGGAAGUUUCUUGAAGCUGUUUUGCUUAGGUUCGGUUUUGCUGAAUCAUGGGUCCGAAUUAUUAUGCAAUGUGUAAGCACAGUCAGGUACUCUUUUCUGAUUAAUGGGCAACCUAAAGGUUAUCUCACUCCUACUAGAGGGCUACGACAGGGCGACCCUUUGUCUCCGUACCUGUUUCUAUUAUGUGCAGAAUUCUUUUCUGCUUUGCUUGAUAAGAAAGCUUCCCAAGGUCUGUUGCAAGGUGUCAGAGUUUGUGAGGGUGCUCCUGUCAUUCAUCAUUUAUUGUUUGCCUACGAUAGUUUACUAUUUGGUGUGGCUUCUGAGGAGGAAUGUAUGCAUAUCAAAUCUGUCCUGAAAGAUUAUGAAUUGGUUUCAGGUCAGCUGGUUAAUUUUAGUAAAAGUAAUAUUGUCUUCAGCAAAAAAGUGCAUCUUGAUUUGCAACAUUCUCUUGCUGCUUCAUUGGGGGUGGAGAUUGUAGCUAAACAUGAGAAGUACUUGGGUUUGCCAACUUAUGUGGGUCGUAGCAAAACUGAGACAUUUGCCUUCAUUAAAGAGAGACUUAGUAAGAAGCUAGAAGGUUGGCAAGCUACGGCAGCAAGUUUCUCUUCUUCUUGUUGGCGUGGAAUUGUGGAAGCUAAGGCAGUUUUAUUGAGGGGUGUCAGAUGGCAAGUGGGUGAUGGCUCCUCUAUUCGGAUUUGGGCAGAUCCAUGGAUACCUAGACCUACACUUUUCAGGCCUUUGUUUCGGCAAUCAUCCUCCUUGUCUCUGGUUAGUGAGCUAAUUACUGCUUCUCAUUGGGAUAUUGACACUGUUAAUCAUUUGUUUGACCCUGUGGAUGUGGAAUUAAUUUUGGCUAUUCCUUUGAGCUCAAGAUCUAUUCCACAUAGACUUGUUUGGCACUUUGAUGCUAAGGGAGUCUUUACUACUAGAUUUGCUUAUGUCCAGGCUAUUGAAUGGCUACAUUCUCCUGCUUCUGUAUCAGGUGGUUUGGAGGUAUCUAGUAUUUGGGCAGCUAAUGUUCCAGGUAAGGUAAAGGUUCAUAUUUGGAGAGUUUGCUCGUCUAUUCUUCCUACAGUAUCACAGUUACGAAAGAAACAUGUGUUUAUUGAUGAGGGAUGUCUCUUCUGUAAUGCGGAAGAGGAGACGAUUGAACAUGUUAGUAGAGAUUGCUCUUUUGUCAAAGAGACUCUAUGUCUCUGCCCGGGCCUUGAAGGGCAGCGCCGUAAGGCAGCUCGAGAGGCUAGGCCGUGGUCACCUCCUCCAAUUGGGUGGGUGAAGGCUAACCUAGAUGGUGCUUUUGAUCAGUAUACUAAUUGUGGGGGCCUUGGAGUGAUAAUUCGUGACUCUUCAGGUUUAAUUUUGGGAGGUUGUUGCAGGAAAGUGUCUAAUGUCACAACCCCUGCUAUGGUGGAAGCGUUUGCUGCUAGAUUGGCUUGUCAGUUUGCUGAUAUCAUGUCCGAUGAGGAGGAUGCUUCUGGGUAUGGGAGGAUUGUGGAAGAUAUUUCUUUUUUCCAAGCUUCUUUAUCGAGUUCUUACUUUACUCAUGUCUUUAGAGAGUCUAAUUCAGCUGCGCAUAUGUUAGCUAAGUUGGCUCUUAAUUCUAGUCUAGAUUUAGCUUGGAGUGGUCAGUUUCCCUCUAGCAUCAGCAACUUUGUUGCUAACCAUUGUAUGAAUUGA